AUGAAUUUCAUGAGAUUAGAAAAUACUCCCAGGUCCCAUAUGAAUGAGAGAAUGCACUCAUUCUUACAUAUCCCAGGGUUAGAUGAUUCUGAGAAGGCAAUAGGGGUGGGCCUGAUGCAGGGACACCCCCAGUGCCUGGAUUAUGGGCCCCCUUUCCGGCCCCUUCUGCACCUUGAGUUUUGCUCUGACUAUGAGUCCUUCGGCUUCUGUGACCAGCACAAGGACUGCCGCAUCGCUGCCCGGUAUUGGGACAUGGAAUACUUUGAUCUGAAGAGACAUGAGCUGUGUGGAGAUUACAUUAAAGACAUCCUUUGUCAGGAGCAUAAACUGGGCAGAAAAUCACAGAGAAGAGAUUUAGCAGCAGUUGAGAAGCGCGGGUGUGACAGGUCUGAUGCUGAGCCUGAGCUCCGCGCUCUCUUCCGGGAGUGCUCGCCCCACGCAGCCCACCUCUACGACGCCGAGCACCCUCAGACGCGCCCCCGGAAUCUCCCGGGCCUCUGCUCUGACUACUGCUCCGCCUUCCAUUCUAACUGCCACUCCCCCAUCUCCCUGCUGACCAGCGACCGCGGCCCCCAGGAGUCCCCAGGAACCGAUGGCGCCCGCUUCUGCCGCCUCCUGGACCUUCCUGACAAGGACUAUUGCUUCCCCAACGUCCUGAGGAACGACUAUCUCCACCGCAACCUGGGCGUGGUGGCCCAGGACCCCCGGGGCUGCCUGCAGCUCGGGCUCAGGAACCCCGUCUCCAUGGUCCAUGCUGGGGACGGCACCCAUCGCCUCUUUGUGGCCGAGCAGGUAGGGGUGGUGUGGGUCUAUCUCCCCGACGGCAGUCGCCUGGAGCAACCCUUUCUGGACCUCAAGAACAUCGUGUUGACCACCCCGUGGAUCCGGGAUGAGAGGGGCUUCUUGGGGUUGGCUUUUCACCCCAAAUUCCACCACAACCGCAAGUUCUACAUUUAUUAUUCGUGCCUGGACAAGAAAAAAGUAGAAAAGAUCCGGAUUAGUGAGAUGAAGGUUUCUCGGGCUGAUCCCAACAAAGCUGACCUGAAAUCAGAGAGAGUCAUCUUGGAGAUCGAAGAACCGGCCUCAAACCAUAAUGGCGGACAGCUUCUUUUUGGCCUGGAUGGCUAUAUGUAUGUAUUCACUGGGGACGGGGGACAGGCUGGAGAUCCCUUUGGCAUGUUUGGAAAUGCUCAGAACAAAAGUUCCCUGCUGGGAAAAGUUUUAAGGAUCGAUGUGAAUGGGGUGGGCUCAGAUGGUAAGCGGUACCGAGUCCCCUUGGACAAUCCGUUUGUUUCUGAGCCAGGGGCCCACCCCGCCAUCUAUGCCUAUGGGAUCAGAAACAUGUGGCGCUGUGCUGUAGACCGAGGGGACCCCGUCACGCACCAGGGCCGAGGCCGGAUAUUCUGCGGGGACGUGGGCCAGAACAGGUUUGAAGAGGUUGACCUCAUUGUGAAAGGCGGAAACCAUGGCUGGAGAGCAAAGGAAGGAUUUGCGUGUUACUACAGAAACUGUCACAAUGCCUCUUUGGAUGAUGUUCUGCCAAUCUAUGCUUAUGGCCACGCAGUGGGGAAGUCGGUCACUGGAGGUUAUGUCUGUCGGGGUUGUGAAUUCCCAAACCUCAAUGGCCUGUAUAUCUUUGGAGACUUCAUGAGUGGGUCCUUGAGGAAUCACCACACUGUCUUCCACGAUGGUUGAACUAAUUUACACUCCCACCAACAGUGUCAAAGUGUUCCUAUUUCUCCACAUCCUCUCCAGCAUCUGUUGUCUCCAGAUUUUUUAAUGAUCACCAUUCUAACUGGUGUGAAAUGGUAUCUCAAUGUAGUUUUGAUUUGCAUUUCUCUAAUGACCAGGGAUAAUAGGCAUUUUUUUCAUAUGUUUAUUGGCCUCAUAUAUGUCUUCUUUUGUAAAGUGUCUGUUCAUAUCUUUUGCCCACUUUUGAAUGGGUUUGUUUGUUUUUUUCUUAUAAAUCUGUUUUAGUUCUUUGUAGAUUCUGUAGAUUUUUAGUUCUUUGUAGAUAUUAGCCCUUUGUCUGAUGCGUAGAUUGCAAAAGUUUUUUCCCAUUCUGUUGGUUGCCAAUUCACUCUAAUGAUUGUUUCUUUUGCCGUGCAGAAGCUCUGGAGUUUAAUUAAGUCCCAUUUGUCUAUUUUGGCUUUUGUUGCCAAUGCUUUUGGUGUUUUAGCCAUGAAGUCCUUGCCUGGGCCUAUGUCCUGAAUGGUUUUGCCUAGGUUUUCUUCUAGGGUUUUUAUGGUGUUAGGUCUUAUGUUUAAGUCUUUAAUAAUGCUAAUUUGAUGCAAUAUGUAAUAAUAUUCGUAAAAGGAGACAGAUGCCAAUUUCCUUUUUUAACAAAUGAGUCAAGGUGACAAAUCAAUAAAAAUAAUUUGUCUAUGAAUACA